AUGUUGUCACUUGCUUUGGGCUUCUUCUCCCAGCAAUUGAUUACUUUGCGGGUAGAUCAGGUUGUGAGCAACACACAAGGCCAAGCAGGCACCGUUGCUAGAAGUCAGUGGGCAAGCACGGUGUCGGGAUAUUCCAACUCUUGGAGCCCCCUAUCACCAACGAAACUUGCCAUGUACAACGGGUUCAUGUCUACAGAGGUCAACUUGCCACAAGUGACCUGCCCAACUGGAAACUGCACUUGGCCCAUCGUUCCGACUGUUGGCGUCUGUGGCUCGUGUGUCGACUUAACAUCGGAAAUCAAAAUCAACAGAAGCUCUUCUGCGAAUUGCCUUGUGACUGCGCCGGAUGGUGCGCGCCUUAGUGGAUACUGCGGCACAGGAUCCGACUUUAUGCCCGUAUUCAACAUCAGCACUGGCUCGAACCGCACCUUUAAAUCCACAGAUCCUCAAAUGAUCAAGGCUGACGCGCCCAAUCUGAUUGCGCAGUUCAGCGGUCUCGGUAUCCCUGGCGGGAUGCCAGCGACGACCCCUCUUGAUGACUCCCGCGCAGCGGAGUGUGCUCUGUGGUAUUGCCUCCAGGCGAGGAACAUCAGUGUAGAGUCUGGACAGCUGAAGGACGAGAUCGUCGAUACCUGGAGUGAGGUGACCGGAGGCUCGACUCCCGACGGGCGAAACGUCACGUUCGCCAAUAUCCCGGCCAACUUCAACACCGAGGCUGGCAAGAGCUACGGAAUGGGCCCGUUCCAGAUGUACGCCAUGCAGGCAUACGCAAAGACAAACAUCAUAGGAAACGUCAGCGCCGAUGGAACUUUGGGAAUUGUUUUCACGUCGGCGUCUCCCUUUGCGGACGGAAUGCACGCCAGUUUCGGGGACGUCGGCAGCUGGAUGGAGAGACUUACAAGAAGCUUGACCAACGACGUGCGCCUGAACAGUAACGACACUACAGCUAAAGACGCUUUCAGAGGCACCGUGAUGGCCAGCCAGGUUGUCAUUGUAGUGCGCUGGGCUUGGAUCGUGUACUCUGUUGCCCUGGUCGCUGUGUCGGUGAUUUAUCUCGGGGCUGAGGUUGUGCGAACGAAGAGAAAAGGACUACUGCCAUGGAAGUCUGAUGUACUUUUGCCAGUUUGCAUGAACAUGGAUGAUGAGAUCAGGGAGAAAGCAUCUGGAGGCAUUAUCGAGCCGGGCGGUCUGAAGAGACUGGUCGGAGAUGUCGCGGUUCAGCUGAAGGCUGACAGGACAGGCGUUAUCAGGUUCGCACAAGAGGUCAAGACCGAUGGAACCCAUUCGCCUUGA